GCUCAAAACCUUAUACCCUAAUAGAUACCCAAAUUUCGCUCUAAUCCUAUUCUCUCCAAACUUUCUGAAAUCUCGCGAAAGGAAGAUAAAAAAAUGUUGAGGCUGACUUCGAAGAGGAUCCUCCAGGGGAUAGCGUCACGGGAGGCGCGGUCACCGGCGGUCCAGGUGCUGCAGCGUCAGUACCACGAGCGGGUCAUCGACCACUUCAACAACCCCCGCAACGUCGGCUCCUUCGACAAGAACGACCCCGACGUCGGCACCGGCCUCGUCGGCGCUCCGGCCUGCGGAGACGUCAUGAAGCUCCAGAUCAAGGUCGAUGAGUCCACCGGCCAGAUCGUCGACGCCCGCUUCAAGACCUUCGGCUGUGGAUCCGCCAUCGCUUCUUCUUCGUUAGCUACUGAAUGGGUGAAGGGCAAACAAAUGGAGGAAGUCUUGACCAUUAAAAACUCGGACAUCGCAAAGCAUCUUUCACUCCCUCCGGUUAAGCUACACUGCAGCAUGCUUGCCGAGGAUGCCAUCAAAGCGGCUGUCAAAGACUAUGAAGCUAAACGUGGGAAACCUAUCGAGGCUAAAGAUGCUUGAUUUUGGCCUUGUGUAAAAAAUGACGAUGAAAACAUCUGGUGUUGGACAUAGUUACCUUUAAGUUACCUAGUACUUGCAAUAAGGAUUGUGGUUUGUUAGGGCCUUCUGAGUAGGCUUUCUUUGAUGUAUGUUUUUCAGAGGGGAAAACUGAGAUGAAAAGAAAGCCCUUUAAUCAUAUUGUAAUUAGAUUUGAUUUCUUGUUAAUCUUAUGAAUGUUUUGUUGCAGUAUUCCUGGUCGAAUCAUGAAUGUUUAAUUGGAAUUUGAUUUUGGCAGUUAUCCAACUAAAA